GGGAAAUUUGAACUUUGAACAAGUUUGAACUGUAAAAACCCAGUCCCUUCAGUUCCUAUGAUAAAUGGUGGGAAAUGUCUGGGUUUCUCGCAAACUAGUAGCACUUUUUUAAAAAUAUCUGAUACAUGUUAUAGAUUGAUGAUUUAUGGGUACUUAUUGUCUUUACUCUGCAAUGUAGUAACCCUAAUCAUAUUAUGCCAAAUCUCUAAAGAAACAAUUAGAAACAAUAAUGGAACAAGCACCAAGGUUAGUUGAAGUUGGUUAAUUAUGGGCUAUACUGGGAAGUGCAUUUGUGGCAGUUGCACUGAAGUUUUUCCAAUACAGUUUAACACAGAUGUGGCCAUUACUGAAAACAACACUGGAUAUGAGCUUUGGAUUUGUUUCUCAUCAUGUUGUGUCUUCACACAGUGUAUAAUGUCCAGCAUUAAAUUAACAUCUAGUGUUUAAAUAAGUCCAGAGGGAGACAAGCAAAGGUGGCGUUUUAUAUUCACUUACUCAGCCACUUUAUAAUUACUCAUUUCAGUUUUCAGUUCCUUUAUAUUCAUGCUAGGGCCAAUAAAAUCAUCAAAGCCAAGACUUGUUCAAGAGCUCCUUGAGUAUAUACUCGUCAACUACAUUGCAGCUCAGCUGGGCUCUAAGAAAUCAAGCAAGCCAUAGACAGUGGACUAUGCUGGGCAAUUGGUUGGGAAACUAAAAAAUCUCUUCAGUACUGCAUGAUUAAUUGAUUUGUUGUCAUUAUGUUGCAGUUCAAGCAAGUGUAUAUUAUAUGUUUAGUCUCAGCAUGUAUCUGUGGUUUCAUGGUGCCUUAGUUUCUUUCCUCAAAGACAUUGUCUGUAGUUUGAGUGUGUGCGCAAUUGGAUGUCCUCCACUUAGUGCCCUAAGUCCCCUGAGAUAAGCUCCGAGGGCAGAGGGCAUGCUGUAGUUUUCGCUAACCGACCUCUCUCUGUUUGCAUGUGCGUGUGUUUGUUCUGCUCUCAAUCACAUUAACAGCAACGAGGGUUGGUAGGCUAUACAUAUGGAGCUCUAUAACUAUUUCGCAAAACUAGCACCAUUUAACUUGGAAGUGUUUCACUUCCAUCAUGUCUUCCUAGCCUUCUGCAUAAUCUACAUUUCAGCUGUUCUGAUUAAAUGGUCAAUUAAGAGAAAAUGGUGGAUGCGUGCCUUAGAGCAGUUUCCUGGACCUCCCGGUCACUGGCUUCUCGGACACGUUUCUCAGUUCAAGGAAGACGGAACAGAUUUAGAGAUGAUACCCAAAUGGGGAGAACAAUAUCCCUAUGCUUUCCCAAUACAGUUUAGCCCAGAUAGUUUAUUUCUGUUUGUCCACCAUCCAUCUUAUGUCAAGCCCAUACUGGCAACAACAGGACCAAAGGAUGACUUUGGAUAUAGAUUUCUCCUACCUUGGAUAGGAGAAGGUUUACUUGUUACUGCUGGACAGAAAUGGUUUCGUCACAGACGACUCCUUACACCAGGCUUCCAUUAUGAUAUCUUGAAACCUUAUGUGAAAUUAGUGGGAAAUUCAGCACAAGUUAUGUUGGACAAGUGGGAAGUGUAUGCAAGAACAGAACAGACCUUUGAACUUUUUCAGCAUGUUAGUCUGAUGACACUGGACAGCAUAAUGAAGUGUGCAUUUAGCUGCCAAAGCAACUGUCAGACAGAUAGCAGGUCCAACCCAUACAUAAAGGCAGUGUAUGAACUGUGCAACCUGGUAAACCUACGAUUUCGUGUCUUUCCAUAUCACAACGAUAUCAUCUUUCACAUGAGUCCACAUGGCUACAGAUACAGAAAAGCAUGCAAAAUUGCACACACUCAUACAGCGGAAGUCAUAAGGCAGAGAAGAGAAUUUUUAAAUAAUAAUAAGAAGAACCAGGAUGAUGGCCAGGAGAAGAGAUAUUUAGACUUUCUGGAUAUCCUUCUAUAUGCUCGAGAUGAGCAGCAGCAGGGCUUGUCAGAUGAAGCCAUCCGAGCCGAGGUGGACACUUUUAUGUUUGAGGGACACGACACUACUGCCAGUGGCAUCUCAUGGAUCUUCUACAGCAUGGCCUGCAAUCCUGAACAUCAGCAGAAGUGCAGAGAGGAGAUCCAACAAGUGUUGAUGGGAAAGGAAAAUAUUGAAUGGGAGGACCUCAGUAAAAUACCAUACACCACAAUGUGCAUUAAGGAAUCCUUGCGCAUGUAUCCUCCUGUUCCAGGAAUGGGACGAAAGUUGAGCCAACCUAUUACUUUUUUUGAUGGAAGAACAGUUCCUGCAGGUUGUGUUAUUGGAAUCAGUAUUUAUGGAGUUCAUUACAACCCUACAGUUUGGGAGAAUCCAAAGGUGUUUGAUCCACUGAGAUUUCUGCCAGAAAACACUGCUAAGAGAUCACCCCAUGCCUUUGUGCCUUUCUCAGCUGGACCAAGAAACUGCAUUGGCCAGAACUUUGCUUUGAAUGAGCUGAAAGUGGUCGUGGCUAUGACACUUAGGAAGUAUGUUCUCAUCAAAGAUCCAGACCAUACUCCAAAGAUGGUCCCUCGACUAGUCCUCAAAUCUCUCAAUGGUAUACACCUCAAGAUCAAAUUAGUGGAAAAUGAACUCUAAGAAGAUAUAAAUAGUACAUAUAUAAAUAUAAUAAUAUUUUUAAAUCUUAUUUGUAUUGAACUGAUUCAUGAAUUUAAUUCCAUGACGAAUGUGUAUGUAAAUACCUUAUUAUACAAAUAGCAAUAUUAAUAGUAAUAAUUAAGUAGUAAUAUUAAGCAAUAUUAAUGAUUCUGAUGACUCAUGUAAUAGCCUGUUUAAUAAGAAAGAUGUAUAAAAAAAACAUUGUUAAUAAUCCUCAGAAAAUUCUGAAAGAACUUCUCUUAAUUUUCAGUGUUUGUAUUGCAAUGUUUAAUACAUGGAUGUAAAAUAUGCAAUAUAUUUUGUUUUAUCUUCAACAUAAAAGAAAAAAUCAGGAGAAAAGAUAUAAUAAUAUCUUGUUAUAGAUUUAUAUACUGUUUUUGGUAUAAAAGCAAAAAAAAAUACUAGAAAAUAAUAAACAUGAAACAGCAAGGCUCAAAAAACAUUUCAACAUGCUCAGCAGGAAGGGAUAUUAACAUAAAGUAAAUCUCUUAACCCAUAAUUCAUUGUCUAGAACGGUCCAGCUGCCAGACAGUGACUAAAGUCAAGCACUACAGCCAGUCAUGUCAUUUAUGUGCUAAAUGUGUUUAAGUUUCAUAGUAACUCAAAGGAGCCCUUUUUUAAUACAACCGUGAUGAGCAGAAAAGCAUCUUGGAAAACACAACACGUCAGGUGGAUGGGCUACAACAGAAGAUGACUAAGUAAAUAUAGAAAAUAUUUACAGAAAUAUAUAAUUAUUAUUCUAUAAUAUAUUUAUAUAAUAUAGAAAAUAAUAUUAGUAAAAAACUAAAUAAAACUAAUAUAAAUAUUCGCUUAACUGGGUUGGAAUUUCUGCAUUUGUUGUGUGAAUGGUAAACUCUAUACAGAUCAGAUCAUAUAAGGAAGCAAAAAAAAAACAGAAAAAGAAUUCUGUUGAUGGUUAAUGAGUCAUUUGAAAUGAGUAAAUUGAAAUUUUAACAAUAUAAUAUACAAAAUAUACAAAUAAUUAAAGAAGUAGUAGUCUUAAGUGGGUUAUAAUGAAAUUGUAUGUUGUAUUAUUGACAUCAGACCCAAGGUCAGUAAUUGUCUGUCACAAACCAAGGUUUGCUUUGCAAUCAUAUACUGCCAAUUAGGUAGUGCAAAUGUGUAGCUAAAAUGACCUAGCUAUGUUUAGUUAUGUCUUUCUUCCCAAACAAAAUAGCCUACUUUACUCUGAAGCCCACACUCUCUCUCUCUCUCUCUCUCUCUCUCUCUCUCUCACUCUCUCAAUCUCUUUUUUUUUUUUUUUUUUUUUUUUUUUUUUGCUGCUGUUUUGGAAAUUCUGGAUAGAUGGAUAGCAUAAUAAACUUUUUUGCUUAUUGUUCUUGUGUUGCUAGAGAAAUGGUUCAUCAGGGCAUAUUUGUAUCGUUGCCUUGUAUUUGUGUAAUGACAAUAAA